GGCCCCCGCCGCCACCCGUAGCCGCCUCCCAACAUGGCGGCCCCGCCGGACGUCCACGUCCGCAUCUGCCACCAGGAGAUCGUCAGGCUGGACCUGGAGGUGAAGGCGCUCAUCCAGGAUAUUCAAGAUUGUUCCGGGCCCUUGAGUACACUGACCGAACUGAACACUAAAGUAAAGGGGAAAUUCCAGCAGUUGAGACACAGGAUCCAGGAGCUCGAGCAGUCGGCCCGAGAGCAAGACAGAGAGUCAGAGAAGCAAGCUCUGCUCCAGGAAGUAGAGAAUCACAAAAAGCAGAUGCUCAGCAACCAGACCUCCUGGCGGAAAGCCAACCUCACAUGCAAACUUGCGAUCGACAACUUGGAGAAGGCAGAGCUGCUGCAGGGUGGGGACCUCCUUCGGCAAAGGAAGACCACUAAAGAGAGCCUGGCGCAGUCAUCCAGCUCCAUCACCGAGAGCCUCAUGGGCAUCAGCAGGAUGAUGGCUCAGCAGGUGCAGCAAAGCGAGGAAGCCAUGCAAUCACUCGUCAGUUCAUCCCGGACUAUUCUGGAUGCCAACGAAGAAUUUAAGUCCAUGUCGGGGACCAUCCAGUUGGGUCGGAAGCUCAUCACCAAGUACAACCGACGGGAGCUGACUGACAAGCUUCUCAUCUUCCUGGCUCUGGCUCUGUUCCUGGCCACAGUCCUCUACAUCAUCAAAAAGCGUCUCUUUCCCUUUUGGUAGCAGGAGAGCUGCCCGCUCCUGCUCUCAACACUCAGGCACCUUGGGAGGCUGCCUCAGUAGUCCUGACACCGCCUCUGGGACCUGUGGGUGCCCCUCGCCCCUCUCUCCUGCCACAGGACUGUCAAAAACUGGUGUUCAUUCCUUGAAUAAAUGUGACUUAUUUAUUUUA